AUGGACGACGCAGAAGAAGACGGCUACGGCAGCGAAGCCUGGGGCGAGAUCGACUACAACGACCUCAUCGCCGUCGCCAACGAAGUCGAGAAAAAAGCCACACCCACCAAGCCGCCAGCACCCGCACUCCAAACACCAGCAUCAACUGCACCAGCAGCAGCAUCAGCUCAGCAGCUAUGGUUCACGGACGACGACUUUGACGACUUUGACGACGACGACAUGCUAAGUGCCGCGGUGCCGGGUAUCGCAAUCUCGGACGAGCUGGAGGUCGUGGAUCUGACGGGCUCGGUGGAGACGCUGAGGGCUGAGACACCGCCGCUGCCGGAGCGGCGGGUGGAGACGCUGAGGGCUGAGACACCGCCGCUGCCGGAGCGGCGGGUGGAGGCGCUGAGGGCUGAGACAUCGCCGCUGCCGGAGCGGCGGGUGGAGACGCUGAGGGCUGAGACACCGCCGCUGCCGGAGCGGCGGGUGGAGAGCCCGAGCCCGGCGGCUCGGCCACCAGGUGGUGUGCCGAAUGCCCCACAGACCCCGCAGCAGAAUAGAGCAAAUGUCGUGAAACGCAAGCCCUCAAACCCGCUCCUGGGCAGCGAGAACCGCGCCCGACGCAGAGUCGAGUACUCCGGCACGAUCUUCCCGCGCUUCACCCUCGCCUACGAAGGCGACCUCGCCUCCGCCGUGACCGUCGCCGAGUUCUCGCUGCGCCUUAUGGAGGUGCUCACCAGCGUACUGCGUGAGUUCCUGGUCGCAAACGCCGCCGCAUACCCGCUGAGCUGGCGGCAGAUGAAGGCUGAUGAGAUCAACCGCAUGGUGAGGCACCGCAAGGCCGACGUGCUGUUUAAGGGCUGGGACUUUCUUGCGCUGGCGAACAUCAUCAUGGCGCACAGUCGCUCUUUGCCGGCGUUUGUGAAGAAUCCGGUGGGUGUGGUGGAGCGGCUGAAGGUGCUGAAGACGACGAUGAGGUGGACGUUUGCGCAUUCGUCGUUGCAGGAGGAGGAGAGGAAGCAUCCAAUGGAGAUGAGCCUGUGGGCGAUUAAUACGCUGUUUCUGAUUGAGAACUUGGGCGUCUCGAUGGAGUAUGCGGGGAGGGUUAUUGCGCUGCAUCAGGGACUUUGGUCUCGCGCGAGACAGCCGUCACCGCCGCCAUAUGUGUCGCAGGAUAUACUCCUAGGGUGA